AUGAACCGAGAGUUAAGGGUAACCGAGAGUUACCGGGGAACCGAGAGUUACCGGGGAACCGAGAGUGACGGGGAAACGAGAGUUACCGGGAACCGAGAGUUACGGGGAACUGAGAGUUACCGAGAACCGAGAGUUAAGGGUAACCGAGAGUUACUGGGUAACCGAGAGUUACGGGGAACCGAGAGUUACCGGGAAUCGAGAGUUACCGGGAAUCGAGAGUUGCGGGGAACCGAGAGGAAUCGAGAGUUACAGGGAACCGAGAGAUACCGGGGAACCGACAGUUACAGGGAACCGAGAGUUACUGG